AUGACCCAGCGAUCCUCUUUCACCAUCAAGUCGGGGGGCACUCGGAACUUCAGCACUUCCUCGGCGAACUUCCUCCCGGGCUCCCGGACCAGCUUCAGCUCUGUCUCCGUGACCCAGGGCGGGAAGAGAUUCGGAGGUGGCUUUGGGGGUGGCUUUGGGAGCAGGAGUCUCCAUGGCCUUGGGGGCAGCAAGAGAAUCUCCGUCAGCGGGGGCUACCGCUCCAACCGGGGCAGCUUCGGUGGCGUUGGCUACGGGAUGGGUCUUGGCGGCAUAGGGUACAGAGGGUAUGGAGGUGGGAUGAUGCCUGGAUCUGGGGGCAUCCAGGAGGUCACUGUCAACCAGAGCCUCCUGACCCCACUGCACCUGGAGAUCGACCCCUCCCUUCAGCGGGUGCGGAAAGAGGAGCGGGAGCAGAUCAAGACCCUCAACAACAAGUUCGCCUCUUUUAUCGACAAGGUGCGGUUCCUGGAGCAGCAGAACAAGGUCCUGGAGACCAAAUGGAGCCUCCUGCAGGAGCAUAAAACCACCAGGGCCAACAUUGAGCCCAUGUUUGAAGCCUAUAUCAGCAACCUGAGGCGGCAGCUGGACAGCCUGGGUGGGGAGCGGACAAGGCUGGAGACGGAACUGAAGAACAUGCAGGACGUGGUGGAGGACUUCAAGAACAAGUACGAAGAUGAAAUCAACAAGCGCACAGUGGCGGAGAAUGAGUUUGUGGUGCUCAAGAAGGAUGUGGAUGCUGCCUACAUGAACAAGGUAGAGCUGGAGGCCAAGGUGGAUGCCAUAAUGGACGAAAUCAACUUCCUGAAAGCUUUCUAUGAAGCGGAGCUGGCUCAGCUUCAGGACCAGAUCUCUGAGACCUCCGUGAUCCUGUCCAUGGACAACAACCGCAACCUGGACCUAGACAGCAUCAUCGCUGAGGUCAAGGCCCAAUAUGAAGAUAUCGCCAACCGCAGCAGGGCUGAGGCUGAGUCCUGGUAUCAGACCAAGUAUGAGGAGCUGCAGCGGUCUGCUGGCCGGCAUGGGGACGACCUCCGCACCACCAAGAUGGAGAUCUCUGAGCUGAACCGGCUGAUGCACAGGCUGCGUUCUGAGAUUGAUAACUUGAAGAAGCAGUGUGCCACGCUCCAGGCCGCCAUCGCUGAUGCUGAGCAGCGUGGGGAGAUGGCCCUCAAGGAUGCCAAGCACAAGCUGGCUGAGCUGGAAGAGGCCCUGCAGAAGGCCAAGCAGGACAUGGCCAGGCAGCUGCGCGAGUACCAGGAGCUGAUGAAUGUCAAGCUGGCCCUGGACAUUGAGAUCGCCACCUACAGGAAGCUGCUGGAGGGCGAGGAGUGCAGACUCAGUGGAGAAGGUGUCGGACCCGUGAAUAUCUCUGUGGUCUCCUCCUCUGGAGGCACAGGCUACAGCGGGGGCGGGAGCGGCUACAGCAGCAGCCUCUCCUAUGGUGGUGGCAGCGGAGGCUUCAGUUCCACCAGCGGCCGUAACAUGGGUGGCAGCACCUCCAGCAUGCGCAUCAUCUCCAAGACGUCGUCCACCAAGAAGAGUUAUAGGAGCUAA